AUGGCCCUCGACACCCUCCCAGUCCUCGUGAUCAUCGGCGGCGGCGGCAUCGGCCUCGCGACAGCCCUCCGCCUCGGAAAAGGCCACCACAUCCUCCUCGCCUCCCGCUCCCAGUCAACCCUCGCCGGCGCCUCCGAGGCCCUCAAGCAGGCGGGCCACAAGUUCACGACCCAGCAGGUCGACGUCGCGGACUACGCCUCGGUCGCGGCCGUGGCCGAGACGGCCGCCUCGCUCGGCGGCGCCAUCGGCACCGUCGUGCUCACCUCGGCCAUCUCGCCCUCGAUGGGCAGCUCCAAGAAGAUCAUGGAGGUGGACGUGCUCGGGACGGCCAACGCCAUCGCGGCGUUCGGGAACGAGGUCGAGAUGCCGCGCGGCUCGAGCUUCGUGUGCGUGGGCAGCAUGGCGCAGCACAUGAGCCCGCCGCUCUCGCCGGAGCUGGAGACGCACCUGGCGACCGCGCCGCUGGAUAAGCUGCUCACGAACGACGAGCUGUGGGAGCUGGCACUGACGCACGAGGGCGCCGCGUAUUGCGUCGCGAAGAGGGCGAAUGUGCUCCGUGUGCAGGCUGCUGCUGCGAGCGAGGCGUUCGCGGGGAAGGGGGUGAGGGUGAACUGCGUGAGUCCCGGGACGACGGAUACGAAGAUGUUGAGGGAGGAGAUGGCUGGGGGGUCCGGGGACGGGAUCAGGGCGAUGAUUGAGGCGUUGCCGGUGAAGAGGGCCGGGACGGCGGAUGAGAUGGCUGAGGGUGUUGAGUUUGUGAGUCGGUGCGGGUAUAUCAACGGGACCGAUGUGCUUAUUGAUGGUGGGUGUAUGGCGGCGCAGAGAUGGGGUGCGACAGCCCCUGGGCCGAGGGAGUUUGGUGGGAACUGGAAGUUUUGA